AUGCUAACUACAGAGGAGAAAAGGAGGCAAAAAUUCUCUCAAGAGUCGCUAAACAGAAUCAAAAAUGACCAAUUGUUGGACACUGGAUUGCUAAGUAGAUCGCAAAGCUCAGCAGCAUACAAGAGACUGCAGGAGAGUCAUGAGGACAGAGUAGCAUUGUUUAAUCAGAUAAAGUCGCUAGAUGGUACGACGCAGAUGUCGACCAAGGCACACGGACUGCGAAAGCUGAGGGAAAUAAUAAUCAGUGUAUUCGAUUCAAAGAAAGAGAACCCUGUGUUCAUCGAGUUCGUCUUCAAAGUUUACACUUUGACGUAUGAAGUAUACAUGGAACAAAGAGAUUUUGAUAAGAUUGGGGGGAUCGUCCUUGAGAUGCUGAUGCGCUAUCUACCUGAUCAGUGCGUGCAGAACGGGUUUGCAGAUUUGUACGUAGUCUACCUCUCCCACUGGGAGAAUAAUAUAGCAAAGGCCUAUGACGUUAUUCGGACCAUAAGGAGUGGGCUAACAAGUAGGGAGCCCCUGUUGCAACUGUGCUCGUUAUUCUACGGGGAAACUGGUGCCCCGCGGUACUGGUUCCAGAUACUACAAGAACAGUUCAACGAGAAUUCCAACCAAUGGAUUAUACCGUUCUUGAAAAAAUCGGGAGUUAUAGAUAAGAUGCAAAAGAGAACACUAAUGAUAUGCGCAAAAUCGUAUAAUCAAUUGUCAAUGCCAGCAUUCCAAGAAAUGUGCCUCCAGAAGGUCACAAUCGUCCCCGGUCUCGAAAAGUUUAUUGAAGAAACUUUUGAAUUGGAGACGUUAUCUGACAAAACUCAAGUUAUAUACUUUAAAAGAAGAAAAGUUAAAUGA